GCGCCGCCCCUCUCUAGGGAUUUGAGACCUUUCCAUACUUUGAGAAGCAUCGCCCCCCUCUGGCUGCAGGGAGGAAGUGCCUGGGUUCGUUUGGUUAGUCACCAUGACAACCUAGUGUACCGACUCCAAACCAACUUGACUAAAGCGACAGCUUGUGAAAUUAUGUGUUGAGUUUGCUACAACGAAAUGGACACGUCUGUAAUUCUACCCGUCGAAGCGGAGGGGUUUGUUCAAAGUCUGGAAACUUCCUCUCUCAAGGAAGUCGGCUCUGAGAGGUGGUUCAGACAGCAUGCGCACAUCGAGAAACUUAACAUGCAAGCAAUACUGAAUGCUUCUGCCAUGCACGAUGAGUAUGUUAAGGAGCUCCUGGUGUCAUAUGGAAAGAUACCUGUUCUGGUCCAUGAAAUGAUCCUCGUUGAAAUUUGGAAGCAUAAAGUGUUCCCCAUUUUAUGUCAGCUGGAGGACUUCAAUCCCAAUAACACAUUCCAUCUUUAUAUGGUGAUCCACCAUGAAGCCACAAUCAUAAACCUGCUUGAAACCAUAAUGUAUCACAAGGAUUCCUGUGAGGCUGCUGGUGACUCUGUUCUUGACUUGGUGGAUUACUGCCACCGCAAGCUCACCCUGCUGGUCGGCAAAGCGACCAGGGAAGCCGCGACAACUCAUGACCAACACAACCCGAAAGGGACAGCAGUCGUACCCUCGACAGACUUGAUGACAGAGUUACAGAUGCAGAGUGCUGCACAGGAAUUUGAAAUCUCUCUAAAAGCAGUCUCUGUGCUGCGCUUCAUCACUGAUCACACCGAGAGUAUUAGUGUCAUCAAUCGCAUGAUGUGCACCCAUAACAUGCCUUGCAUGCUGGUUCAGUUGAUUGACUGCUGUCCUUGGAGUCGCUGUAAAGACGGUGAGGUAGAAAAGUACAUCAAUGGCAGAUGGCAGAAGAUUUCUGUAGAGUACCAUUUAACGAUGACAAAACUAGAUGGCCAGGUCUGGAUUUCCCUUCACAAUCUGCUGCUGAAGGAAGACUGCCAAAGGAAAUAUGACUUUAACAAUUACAACAAGAACCAGCUUCUAAAGCUUCAAGGUUUCAUGACAGAGGUGUUGGUUGAUCAGCUGCCAAACCUACUGGAUUUGCAGCGUUUCCUGGCUCAUCUCACCGUUACAGACCCCGCCCCCCCAAAAAAAGAACUAAUUUUGGAACAGAUCCCAGAAAUAUGGAACUAUAUUGUGAGAGAGAAUUCUGGGAAGUGGAAGGCAAUAGCGAAGUAUCAAGUCAAAGAAACUUUCAGCCCAUCUGAAAGUGAACUGAAGCUGCAGGCAGAGAGGUUGAACCAGGUGUACAAUUUGGAUGUGAUGGAGAGUUUACUCCCAGAGAAGCCAAAGUGUGGAUGCUGUGGAAAAGAGGCCGCAAAGAGAUGCUCUCGGUGUCAGGGAGAAUGGUACUGUCACAGAGAAUGUCAGGUGAAGCACUGGUCUAAACACAAGAGAGCCUGUCAGCUCAUGGCUGAGGUGACAGAGAAGAUCCAGAGGGACCUGCACGGGAACAGCUGACACAGAGAGACUGUCGAAGCACAUGCACGGACUGCUGGCGGGCGGGAACAGAUGGGAGGAACACAUCUGCAUGGGCACAAUGCAAAUUUUGAUUCCUAUACAUUUUAAAUAGUUCUUUUAAUGAGGUAACAUGUAUGCCCAGUUACACCGUGUUACACAGUGUUGUUCCUUUUUGUUUUAAUAUACUGUAUAUUGUUGUUUGUUUAAUAAACUUAUGGCACAAUAACCUUAUGGCUUCGCUUUUCACACUCAUUCAACACAGUUGUGGAGAAUUGACCUUCUUCAUUACACGCCAGCAACAAAUAAAAGGCUUCAACGACUCUC